AUGCAAACUUCCAUAAAAAAGGGCACACAAUGCCGAUGCGUGGUUCAAAUCAGUAUUGGUGGUGGAUCCACAUGUAGAUGGAUCGCUGCCUUGGAAGAUGCUGCGAUGCGGAUCAGCGGACUUGGAGGUAAAGGUAUAGACAAAGAUGUUUUCACAGAUGGUGACUCCCAUUUCGCCUAUGGAAUGUUGACGGGAGAACAAGUAGAUCUCCAUGAGACUAAUAGAGAUGCGAAAACAUACAAGAGAUAUAUCUGGAAAGUGCUUGAAGAGGCAACUAGAAGUAAUGUAUGUAUAAAGACUGGACCUAGUCCCGAUAAGAGUGAUGGUCUGAGGAAAAGUACGUGGUACGGUAUAAUGAGCGCUGAAGGUCUUGCAUUUGAUGACGAAGGCAAUGAACUUGGGGAAGGACAAGUCUAUCUGUACAACGCCAAGGAAGGUAAAGAACCCUACUUAGGUUUCGAAGAUAUCCAAGAUGAUAUCAAAUUUUACUUCAAGCCUAAAUACCUCAUGCCCGAUCCUGACAUUGAUCCUAGUGUUUCUGCUCCAUCAUUGCCAUGCACAAGCCUCAACUUUGUUGAGGAUAUUAUGGAUAGUCAUUGUAGUCAUCUUCUAUACAAUCAUUGA